AUGAAUUCUUUCACUGAUCUUCUUGGUAAUAAAGGGGACACGAAUUUGGAGAAAUCUUCAUUCAGUUGGGGACUUUCUGAUAUUGAAAUUCCAUAUUAUACGUCAUUUCCACCUAAUUCUUUACCAAUAUCCCCUCCAUAUCUUGCUAUUUCUCCUAGUUUCAGCCCUUCUGUGCUGCUCGACUCUCCUGUACUGUUUUCGUCAUCAAACGUUGUUCCAUCUCCUAUUACCAGGACCUUUGCAGGUCAGGCCUCCGAGAAGGAGUGCAGAAAGUACUCCGAUUUUUCUUUCCCAUCUGAAACGAGACCUUCCAGCUCUCUGUCUUCUAUGUUUUCUGAAGGAAGGAAUUCAUCUGAAGAAUUAAAAGCUGGGGUGAAAUCAGAAUCAGCUCCAACUCAAAGCUUUUCUCAAGAGGUUCCCAGAUUUCGAGCAAACAAUCAGAGCAAUCCUAAUAUGCAGAUUGGUCAAAUGCAUCAUGCUAAACAACUUCAGUAUGUUAGGGAGCAGAAAAAACCAGAUGAUGGAUACAACUGGAGGAAGUAUGGACAAAAGCAAGUUAAGGGAAGUGAAAAUCCUCGCAGUUAUUACAAGUGCUCGUUUCCAAAUUGUCCUACAAAAAAAAUAAUCGAGCAAAAUUUAGACGGACAUGUUACUGAAAUAGUAUACAAGGGAAAUCACAAUCAUCCCAAACCUCAGUCGACUCGAAGAUCAUCUUCAAGUUCGAUUCAAUUGCAUGACAAUGCACAGAUGGAAUCUCGGACAACCUCUGAAAAUUCAUCGGCUUCUUUUGGCAAUGAUGAUUUUGAACAAGGAUCUGCCCUGAGUAACUCAAGAUAUCAGGAUGAAACUGAACCAGAAGCCAAGAGAUGGAAGGGGGACGUUGAAUAUGAUGGCAUACCAGAUCAAGGAAGUAGAACCGUUCGUGAACCUAGAGUUGUAGUUCAAACAACAAGUGAUAUCGAUAUUCUCAAUGAUGGUUAUAGAUGGAGGAAAUAUGGACAGAAAGUGGUUAGGGGAAACCCAAAUCCUAAGAGCUACUACAAAUGCACAUAUGAUGGAUGUCCCGUUAGGAAGCAAGUAGAGCGAGCAUCCCACAAUAACAAGGCAGUGAUCACUACUUACGAAGGAAAACACAACCACGAUGUUCCUGCAGCCCGUGGUAGCAGCAGUUACACCAGACCAUCUGUGAACAGCAACAAUGCACCUAUGGUCAUUAGGCCUUCAGCCAUGAACAGCCAUUCUAACGACGGGACAAAUUCCCCCGACUCACUACAGACAACCUGGCUACUACAAACAAAGAAUCAAGCACCACAUACCCUUCAGAAGUUGCAGGAUGCAGAUAGUUUUGCAUUCUCGGGUUUCAGAAACUCGGAAGGAUCCUACUCUAAUGAAAUGCAGCUGGAAAACACUGCUCUCCCUAUGAUGGCCAAGGAAGAGCCGAGAGAUAACUUUCUUUCGACUCUUUUCUAA